AUGAAACCAAUUCAGAUAAUAGGUGUAUUUUACCUCGCGGCUUUAUCGUGCUUAGCCGAGCAACUUCGUUUCGACAAUCACAAGGUGUAUUCUAUCAAGGUUCGAAAUGAAGAACAACUGUUCACACUCAAGGAACUGGAAGCUGUCCCACAAAUGUAUACGUUCCUGGAUGUCCCAGUGGCGGUAAACUCAACAAUACAACUAGUGGUUCCUCCAGUUUUACAGCAACAGUUCAAUCAACUCACAGCUCGCUUGAAGCUUGACCACAAUUUAGAUUGUUCCAAUUUGCAGAGCGUCAUAGAUAAAGAAAGGCCGAAUCGGACCAAACGUGCUAGCUUCGAUUGGACUGAUUACAACACUUUGGAGGAAAUCUACGCCUGGGUGGAUAAUCUCGCACAACAGUACUCCGAGGUGCUAUCUGUGGAACCUAUCGGUUAUUCGUAUGAAGGGCGUGAUCUCCGAAUCAUAAAAGUUUCCUAUAAGCAAGGAAAUCCUGGAAUAUUUGUUGACGCUAAUAUUCAUGCCCGUGAGUGGAUUACUUCUGCUACCGUGACGUGGAUAUUGAACGAACUGCUUACGUCCGAAGAUAAAGCCGUUCGAGAGCUUGCGGAAAAUUACGACUGGUAUAUCGUACCGGUAGCGAACCCCGAUGGAUUCGUUUACACUCAUACAACGAAUCGCCUUUGGAGGAAAACCAGAUACCCAUACACAACGCUUUGCCACGGAGCAGAUCCCAACCGAAAUUUUGAUUUCCAAUGGAACAAUGGAGGUGCCUCAUUGAAUCCAUGCUCCGAUACCUACGCGGGAGCGUAUCCCGAAUCUGAAAUUGAAGUCAAGACCAUUUCGGAUUACGUACGAUCGGUUGCCGACAAGAUUACGCUUUAUUUGUCAAUUCAUUCCAGAGGGCAGUACAUUCUGUUUCCAUACGGUUACAACAACGCUCCAUACCCAUCCAACUACGAUGAUUUGUUGCAAAUAGGAAAUCGAGCUACCGUUGAUUUAUAUAAAGUUCACCAAAAGCCCUAUCGAGUGGGAACAACGGCCGACGUGCUUUACAUAGCAUCAGGUAUAUCGGUAGACUGGGCCCACGGUGCCGCUGGUAUUCCGUUAGCAUACACCUUCGAACUUCGGGAUCAAGGAGAAUUCGGUUUCAUUCUUCCCGCCGAGCAAAUUAUUCCAAAUGCGGAGGAGAUUUUGGCCGCCCUCAUUGGGCUCGUAGACGAGGCCCGAGUUCUCGGAAUGAAAUUCGUUUGCAUUUUACUGUUAGUUGCUUCGGUCGCUUUUUCGGCAAAAGCUGAACAGGCUCGGUUCGAUAACUACCGUGUGUAUGAGUUAAGUAUCGAAAAUGAAGAACAGUUAAACGUUCUGCAGUAUCUGGAAGAGCAUCCCGAUGGAUACAUCUUUUGGGAAUCGCCGGUGCAAACCAACAUGGAGCUCAGCCUGGUAGUUCCUCCUCACAAAUAUGCUGAUUUCGAAGAAUUUACCACUAAACUGGGAAUGUCUCCGAGCUUAAAAAUCAGCAAUUUUCAAGAAGUUAUCGAUAACGAACGACCUAACAAGAACAAGCGCGAUGGAUUCGGCUGGGAUGACUACUACUCGACGGAGGAAAUAUAUGCUUGGCUAGACGCUAUGGUCCAACAACAUUCUGGCGUUCUCUCCAAAACAGUCUAUGGACAAUCUUUCGAGGGACGCGAUCUGGUAGCGGUGCGAUUAUCACACAAAUCUGGUAAUCCGGGUAUCUUCAUCGAGGCUCAUAUACAUGCCCGUGAAUGGAUUUCAUCCGCAACAGCAACGUGGCUGCUAAAUGAACUGUUGACUUCCUCGAACGCCGCUGUCGUUGACCUGGCACAAAAUUACGAUUGGUAUUUUGUAAUGAUCGCAAAUCCGGAUGGUUUAGAAUUCACAAGAAGUAGUAACCGAAUGUGGAGAAAGACUCGUCAGCCAUCAAGUAUCCUAUGUGUUGGAACGGACGGAAACCGUAACUUCGACUACAACUGGAGGAAUGGAGGAUCUUCAACGAAUGCCUGUUCAGAUACGUUCUCUGGACCGGAGCCAUUUUCAGAACCAGAGACCGCACAUAUGGCCGCAUAUUAUGGAACAAUUGCUGACAGAAUUAACGUCCAAUUUUCAUUCCAUUCCUAUGGUCAAUAUCUUUUGACACCGUUUGGAUUCACCAAUGCUCCCUUACCAAGCAACAACGCAGAUUUGCAGCAAAUAGCAGCCAAAACGGCCGCAGCAAUAAGAGAAACGCACGGAACGGUUUAUACCUAUGGAAAUAGCGCUCAAGUCCUAUAUACGACUUCCGGUAGCACCAAUGACUAUUUCAUGGGUGCACAUGGAACCAAACUGGCUUACACUUUCGAAUUUCGAGAUACCGGAAGCUUUGGCUUCGCUCUUCCCGCUAAUCAAAUUAUUCCUAACGCCCAGGAAACCCUCAACGGACUAAUCGCGUUCGUCGCAGAAGCAAAAGCACUCGGUUAUAUGUAA